AUGGGCGAUCGCUCUCAGGACACAGAGGCGGGUGUGAGUGGUGGUGGAAGAGUGACCAGAGGGACUGCUCGCGCACAGGCAGCUGCAAAUAUGGUCUCGCCUCCGGCUUCCACGACACCACCGAGCAUGCCUCCCAAGAAGACCAUCUACUAUUCGGAUAAUCUGGGAAAUCGUGAGCAGGGAUCAGAGCCUGUUGAUGCAACGGCGCUUGAUAAGGCGUUGAAAGACAUCGAAGAGGCAGGCCGCCAGCGUGAGAGAACGCCUGGGAUGAGUCCUUGUCGAAAGAGACAGCGGGUCUAUGGUGACCGAUUCAUUCCAAACCGUGAGGGACAGGAUUUGCAAGCGACUUACAGCCUGCUUGGCGAAGAAGGAUGCCCAUCGACUCCUUCCAAAUCCAAGCGGCGUGCUCCGCAGACAGAGCUGCAUUUCCAGAAGAUUGAAGAAGCCAAUCGUACAUUCUCCCGAGUAUUGCGCAGUGAGCUCUUUGGUAACACCGUUCCUCAACCUGAUAUCCCCUCCCUUCCAUCGGAUCCGUUGCUGGGCUUCAGCAAUGGUAUCAACGACAAGACUCGAUCGCAAACACCUCCUGUGCCCAGUAUGGGCAAUACCUUAUCCGGCAUCACCCCUUCGACUCCACACAAGAACCUCUUCAACUACGGCCCGACCCGGCCAGGAUCUGGCCAUCCCACUCCGUCCAAGACCCCGCGAAGCGCUCAUGCACCCAAUCUGAACGUCCGCUCUGAACUCUACAGUACCUCUCCCAUUCGAUAUGAAAGCCAGCGCAUUCUUGGAACCCCGCGAAAGCAGCCCCGAUACAUCAACAAGGUUCCUUUCAAGGUCCUCGAUGCACCUGAUCUGCAGGACGACUUCUAUCUGAACCUAGUUGACUGGGGCAGCAGCAAUGUGCUGGGUGUCGGGCUGGCUAACUCCGUCUACAUGUGGAACUCCCAGUCUAGCCGAGUUACUAAGCUCUGCGAGCUCAAGGAUGAUACUGUCACCAGUGUGAGCUGGAUUCAACGUGGGACCCAUCUUGCAAUCGGUACGGGCAAGGGUCUGGUACAGAUCUGGGAUGCAGAGCAUUGUCGACGACUCCGGACAAUGGUGGGACACACCAACCGUGUUGGUGCUUUGGCCUGGAAUGACCAUAUCCUGACAUCCGGCUCCCGUGACCGCCUCAUCUAUCAUCGGGAUGUUCGCUCCCCUGAUCAGUACCUUCGGCGGUUAUCUGGCCACAAGCAAGAGGUUUGUGGUUUGAAGUGGAAUACGGAGGACGGGCAGCUUGCGUCUGGUGGUAACGACAACAAACUCAUGGUCUGGGAUAAGUUAAAUGAAACUCCCCUGUACCGCUUCUCCGACCACUCUGCCGCUGUCAAGGCCAUCGCCUGGUCUCCUCACCAACACCAUCUGCUUGCUUCGGGCGGCGGUACCGCGGACCGCACGAUUAAAUUCUGGAACACAUCCACGGGCUCCUUGAUCAAGGAGGUGGACACGGGCAGCCAAGUCUGCAACCUGUCGUGGUCUAAGAACUCUGAUGAGAUAAUCAGCACCCACGGCUUCAGCCAGAAUCAGAUUGUCAUCUGGAAGUACCCGCGUAUGGAGCAGGUUGUUUCCUUGACCGGCCACACAUUCCGUGUUCUGUACCUGGCUAUGAGCCCGGACGGUCAGACUGUUGUGACCGGUGCUGGUGACGAGACCCUCCGUUUCUGGAAAAUUUACGACAAGCGAGCUAAUCGUGACUCGCGCCGAGUGGGGAGCAAGCUGAGCGAAUGGGGCACCAUCCGCUAA